AUGUCGCACCACGCUCGAGUUGAGGAGUUAUCUGACUCUGACCCUGAUGAGGUCGCCCCCUCGGAUUCCUCCCUCUCCGAAGAUAUUGUCAUCCAGCCCGCCCCAGUGCCGCAGGCAUCAGUUCCGACUCCGUCCAACAUACCGCAGAUGACCCAGGUGCCGGAGCCUCAGCGCGAGAUCCCUAAGCACUACCAGUGCCUCUACCCAGUCUAUUUCGAUAAAUCUCGGUCGCGCGCAGACGGCCGCAAGGUCGGCUCAGAGCUUGCGGUGGAGAACCCGCUGGCUCGUGACAUCGUGGAUGCCGUGCAAAUGCUGGGCCUGCAGGCGGGCUUGGAACCCGAGAAGCUCCAUCCGAAGGAUUGGGCGAACCCUGGACGAGUGCGAGUGCUGCUCAAGAAUGAAAAUGGCCAAUUGGUCAACUCCAAGAUCAAGAACAAGCAUCAUCUUUAUAUCCUCGUUGCUCAAUAUCUGAAGGCCCACCCUACCACCGAACAAUCCCCGUACCGUCUCCGAAUUCGCGGCUUGCCCAUGCCUGAAAAGCUUCCUCCUGCGCCAGCCGCCCCGCGCGGAUGGAAGAUUGGCAAGAUCCUGCCGAUCCAUUCGCCGGCUUACAGUGGCGGCGGUGUCAGUGACAACCCCUUCAAGGAUGCUAUGGCUGAAAUGCAGAACCUCCAGGGUAUUCCCGGCAUGCCUUCUAUCCCUGGGAUGCCCGGUAUGGAUAUGCUCGGCAUGGGAGAGGGUUCCGGCUCUGGUACAGAAAAGAAAAAGAAGGACAAGAAGAAGGGAAAGGCCUGA